UUUGGAAGGAAAGAUGURCAACCUAAAGCUGUCAGUUUUCUUCAUUGCACUUUCUGUCACUCUGAGCUGUUUGGAAGCUACACCUAUCGAGAAAUUGCUGUCUGUGGCUGAUGAUCUGUCUGAUGGUACCUCCAAGAGACAAGGAUGGAUGCUGCCUGUAAUGCCACAGAAUACACUCUCAGGACUCAGUGAGGAAAUGCCACAACAACCAGCAGCAAAGACAAAAAGUCACCAGCUGGAGAAGAGGAAAUGCAACACCGCCACGUGUGUGACACAGCGUUUGGCCGAUUUCCUGGUGCGCUCCAGCAGCAGCAUCGGCGCCGUUUACUCACCCACCAACGUGGGCGCCAACACCUACGGCAAGAGGGACACAGYGGGGCUAUCGAACAGAGAACCCCAAAACCGUGCACAGCUUUAGGGUGUUGAGAUGGCUGCUGAUGCCGUUUUCGUUCAGUUUUUCAUGUAUCAACAACCUCUUGGUCAUUUAUUACUCGUACAGUCUUACCAGUGCCUUGUUUUCUGUGUGUGUGUGAUUUAUGUUCCUCAUUCCACUGCGCGUGUACAAAGACAUGCAUAGGCUGCUCCUUCAAUUCCAUUAAGAACUCCAUUAACUGCUUGUUAAAUUUAUUUGCAAAAAACUAUCAUGACAAUAAAUGGAAAAGUAAUUGCAACAGGGUUUUAUUAUUAUUAUUAAAAGGAUAAAAAAGAUAACGCAUAAGGUGUAUGUCUUUAUAGUGACUGAUAAGAGAAAGAAAACAUCUUAAUUAAAGAGCACCAAAUACCAGAAUGCUAGCAAAAGUGACAUCCUAAUGAAAAGAAAACAGAAGAAUCUUCUGGUUUUGA